AUAACCCGCACUUUGGAUGUAGUACCUCUAUCGUCACAACCGCUAACGCUUUGCGAUGCGCAGGCCUCAUUAGAACUUGCCGCAACUUACGCUGCACUUAUCCUCGCCGAUGAGGGUAUUGAAAUUACCGCUGACAAAAUACUCGCCUUGACUGACGCUGCCUCGGUCGAGCUCGAGCCAAUCUGGGCAACUCUUCUUGCUAAGGCUUUGGAGGGAAAGAAUGUGAAGGAUCUGCUAUCAAACGUCGGUGCUGGUGGAGGUGCACCGGCUGUCGGUGCACCCGUUGCUGCUGCCGCUGGUGGUGCUGCUGCCGCUGAAGCACCAAAAGAAGAGGAGAAGAAGGAAGAAGCAAAAGAGGAGUCAGAUGACGAUAUGGGCUUCGGGCUGUUCGACUAA